AUUUCUAUUUUCUCCACAGCCAACGAGGCUGCCGUUAUGCCUCCCUAUUGCUCCUGUAUGAUGAGUAGCAUUACGGAUUUAGGAAUCUCUCUUUCUCCUCUCUUUUCUGCAAAUCUUUCUCGCAAAAAGUUUUGAUUUUUCCAUUUUGGAAAUGUCAUUGGGACAGGCGGCUGAAACCUCCCCAACGGUGAAUGACGACGACACUCACGAUCUCUUAUUCGCUAAUAGAGGUUGCUGCUCAUGGAUUCGGUGCCUGGGCUCCGCGCCAGGCUCCACCAUUGGAUCAUCUUGGUGGGAGCGAAUCAAGAAGGCAGAGAGUGAGGACCGGUGGUGGACCCGAGGGUGGAAGAAGUUUCGAGAGUGGUCUGAGCUCGUGGCCCGUCCGAAAUGGAACACAUUUGUUCACCGGUUCAACAAAAACUGCACUGGAUUGGAAGCGUCCGAUGGGCAUGGGAAAUUCAACUAUGAUCCUUUGAGUUACGCACUGAACUUCGACGAGGGGCUGGGGCAAAACAACCAUUUGGAUGAGGAUUAUUUGGGCCGCGACUUCUCGUGCCGAUAUGCUUCAAUUCCAGCUUCAGCUAAGUCGUCGAUGGAUUUGGGGAAGGACGCGCCAGUGUUCACGUGACUGGCCCGAUGGUAAUGGAGGCGCUUUAACGUGGAUCUUAGCUCCGAUGCUGGGGGAGAAUCACAGGGAGGCAAGAGCAAAGCGCGGUUAUUUUAUUGAUUGCCUUUUCUUUUUCUAUAAAAAUAAAUGAUAAAACACGUCACAUUACAUAAUCAUAUUUUAAAAUAAACGAUAAUUUAAUAAAAUAUUUUAUAAAAAUAAAGUUAUUUUAUAAAAAUA